GAACGCUGAGGCUGCAGCUGCAGCAGCAGCAGCAGCCGGCCGGCGCGGGGACCGGGAGCUUCUCUUAAAGGGGCCGCGCUGGCUAUGAAGUGAGCAGCCUUCGUCAGAGAGCCGGCGGUGUUAGCAUGGUGGGGGCAGCCCUGCCUCCAUCUGCACCAUGGGGUUUGGGACCCAGCUGGGGCUGCUGCUGUGGAAGAACUUCACCUAUCGGCGCAGGCAGAAGAUCCAACUCACCAUUGAGCUCCUGUGGCCCCUCUUCCUCUUCUUUAUCUUGAUCUUGGUGCGCCAGUCAUAUCCCCCUUUCGAGCAGCAUGAAUGUCACUUUCCCAACAAGGCCUUGCCCUCAGCUGGGACGCUGUCGUGGAUUCAGGGCAUCAUCUGUAACGUGAACAAUCCCUGCUUCCGCUACCCGACGGCCGGUGAGACGCCCGGCGUGUUGGGGAACUUCAACCAGUCCAUCAUCUCCCGUCUGUUUGCGGAUGCCCAGAAGGUGCUGCUCCAUGCCAACAGCAAGCAGACCCUGAGCAGCUUUGGCCAGCUCCUGCCUGCCCUGCGCCGGCUCUGGGGGAACGGAGCUCCCUGGAUGGCCAGGCCGGUCAAGGACUACUUGAAAGAGGGCGAGACCUUUUCCCACUUCCUCCGGACCAACGUCUCCCUCCCCCCUGCCCUGGCGGAGGAGUUGUUGGGAGCUCGGUUGGACCUGCGCAUUCUCUCCCUUGCCGCCACCGGCGUGCCGCUGAAGGACAUCGUCUGCAACGCCUCCAUGCUGGCGAAGUUCCUGGUGGCAGCGGAGGCGACCUCUGCGGAGCGCCUGCAGGGAGAGCUCUGUGCUCUGCCAGGGCCCACCCUCCAGGCCAUGGAGCACAGCUUCUUCUCGCAAGCGGAUUUCUCCCAAGUCUUGGCGGAGCGGCUGAGCUCUGAAUCAGAUGACGUGGUGCGCGCCAUGGAGACUCUGGUCACUUUCCUCCAGGGCGCCGAGAUGCUAGCGAAGGAGGUUGGCACCAUGACCAGCUUUGCAGAGUUCCAGCGGGAGCUGCAGGUGCUGUCGGGGCAGGACACUGGCUCCUCCCUGAAGGGUGCCUUCGAGGCUGUGUCCCGCAUCGCCUGCGGGCACCCGGAAGGGGGCGGCCUCAAGAUCCCCUCCCUCAACUGGUACGAGGACAACGACAUCAAGGCCUUUCUGAACCGCAACAGCUCAGAGCAGGGAGCUGUCCCGUUGGACAAUGCCACCAGCCCCUACUGCAAGGAGCUGAUCCAGAGCCUAGAGUCGAACCCGCUGUCCCGGAUCCUGUGGCAGGGGAUCAAACCUCUCUUCAUCGGAAAAAUCCUCUACGCCCCAUCCAGCCCUAGCACGCGAAGGAUCAUGGCCGAGGUGAACCGGACAUUCCAGGAGCUGGCCGUGCUGCGGGAGGUGCGGGGCACCUGGCAGGAGCUGGGGCCUCGGGUCUACACCUUCCUCAACAGCAGCCUGGAGGUGCGGGUCCUUCAGAACCUGCUGAGGGAACCUGCCACCUCCCACCUGGUGGAGCAGCACCUGAACCACACCUCUUGGGACCUGUCGGCCGUGGGCGAGUUCCUGGCGGGGGUGCCAGGGGGUGAGGCCUACACCUGGCGCCAGGCCUACGCGGAGGUGGACCAGGUUGUGGGCACCCUGUCGCAGUUCAUCGAGUGCGUCUCCCUGGACAAGGUGGAGGCGGUGGCCUCCGAAGAGCAGCUGGUGUCGCGGGCCCUGCAGCUGCUGGAGGGGCGCCAGUUCUGGGCCGGCGUGGUCUUCCUGCCCCCCGACAAUGCCACCCCCGGGGAGCUGCCCCCCCAUGUCCGCUACAAGAUCCGCAUGGACAUUGACGAUGUCACCCGCAGCAACAAGAUCAAGGACAGGUUCUGGGACCCGGGCCCAGCAGCUGACCCCUUCAACGACCUGCGCUACGUCUGGGGGGGCUUCGUCUACGUGCAGGACCUGGUGGAACGGGCCGUCACGCGGGUCCUGAGCGGCACAGCCAGCCGCACCGGUAUCUACCUGCAGCAGAUGCCCUACCCCUGCUAUGUGGAUGACGUUUUCCUGCGGGUCUUGAACCGCUCGCUGCCGCUCUUCAUGACGCUGGCCUGGAUCUACUCGGUGGCCAUGAUCAUCAAAGGGGUGGUGCAUGAGAAGGAAGCCCGGCUGAAGGAAACCAUGAAGAUUAUGGGACUCAGCAGCGGCAUCCUCUGGCUCAGCUGGUUCAUCAGCAGCUUUAUCCCCUUCCUCAUCAGCUCCUGCUUCCUCGUCCUCAUCCUCAAGCUGGGAGACAUCCUGCCCUACAGCGACCCCGCCGUGGUCUUCCUCUUCUUGGCCACCUUCGCUGUGGCCACCAUCGCCCAGUGCUUCCUCAUCAGCACCUUCUUCUCCCGCGCCAACCUGGCCUCGGCCUGCGGCGGCGUCAUCUACUUCUCCUUCUACCUGCCCUAUGUGCUGUGCGUGGCCUGGCGCGACCACAUCACCUUCCCGCUGCGCCUCUGUGUGAGCCUCCUGUCCCCAGUGGCGUUUGGGUUUGGCUGUGAGUACUUCUCCCUGUACGAGGAACAGGGUGUGGGGAUCCAGUGGUACAACCUGAACGCCAGCCCUGUGCAGGAUGACCCUUACAACUUCGCCACCUCCCUGGCACUGCUGCUCCUGGACGCGUGUCUGUACGGCCUGGCCACGUGGUACAUCGAGGCUGUCUUUCCAGGCCAGUACGGGAUUCCCAAGCCCUGGAAUUUUCCCUUCCUGAAGAGCUACUGGUUCGGAAAGUCAUCCUCCGAUGGCUGCCACCCCUUCCCCACCGACUCCGUGAGCUCUGCUGAAGUGCUGGUGGAGGAGCCACCAGCGCACCUGCGCCCAGGGGUCUCCAUCCGCAACCUGGUGAAGAUUUACCACAGCAGCAGCAAAGUGGCCGUCAACGGGCUGAGCCUCAGCUUCUAUGAGGGCCAGAUCACCUCCUUCCUGGGCCACAACGGGGCUGGCAAGACCACCACCAUGUCCAUCCUGAGCGGUCUGCUGCCUCCCAGCUCCGGGACGGCCUACAUCCUGGGCCGGGACAUCUGCUCCGAGAUGGACAGCAUCCGGAAAACCAUGGGGAUGUGUCCCCAGCACAACGUCCUCUUUGACAUCCUGACGGUGGAGGAGCACAUCUGGUUUUAUGGACGCCUGAAGGGGCUGUCAGGGGAGCAGGUGAAGGAGGAGGUGAAGCAGAUCAUCCAGGAUGUGGGGCUGCCCCACAAGCGCCGGGAGCAGACCAAGAACCUGUCGGGUGGGAUGCAGCGGAAGCUCUCCGUGGCCAUCGCCUUUGUGGGAGGCUCCCAGGUGGUCAUUCUGGACGAGCCCACGGCUGGGAUUGACCCCUACUCCCGGCGGGGCAUCUGGGAGCUGCUGCUGAAGUAUCGCAAAGGGCGCACGGUCAUCCUCUCCACCCACUACAUGGACGAGGCGGACCUGCUGGGCGACCGCGUGGCCAUCAUCUCCCAGGGCCGGCUCUGCUGCUGCGGCUCCCCGCUCUUCCUCAAGACCAAGCUGGGCACUGGCUAUUACCUGACCCUGGUGAAGCGGGAGGCUGGUGCCCGGGAGCGAGCAGCCCCGGGGGGCAGCGCCAGCAGCGUCACCAUCGCCAGCAGAAAGGACGACAGCGGUUCGGAGCGCAGCUGUGACACCGGCCUGGGCAGCGAGCAAUGCAGCGAGUCCAGCACCGUGGACGUGCUGCAGCUGUCGGCCCUGAUCCAGAAGCUGGUCCCUGGCUCCCAGCUGGUGGAGGAUAUUGGCCACGAGGUGCUGUACGUCUUGCCAUACGGCGGCGCCAAGGAUGGGGCCUUCGGGGAGCUCUUCCAGGAGCUGGAUAGCCGCUUGGGCGAGCUGGGGGUCUCCAGCUACGGGAUUUCGGACACCACCUUGGAGGAGAUCUUUCUGAAGGUGGCUGAGGACACAGGAGUGGAGGCUGACACCACAGCUGAGGAGCCAAAGGAGACCGAUUUCCUGCACAGCCUGGAUGGCAGGGGCUCGCAGGUGCUGGGCUGGGCCCUGACCCGCCAGCAGCUCCGGGCCCUUUUCACCAAGAGACUCCUCUAGCCGGCGCAGCACCAGGGCUUCUUCGCACAAAUUGUCCUGCCGGCUGUCUUUGUGUGCAUCGCCCUCCUUUUCAGCCUGAUUGUGCCACCCUUCGGGAAGUACCCCCCACUGCACCUGGAGCCCUGGAUGUACGGGCAGCAGUUCACCUUUUUCAGUGAUGACUCCCCGGGGGACCCCGACUCUGCACCGCUCCUGAGAGCCCUGCUGGCCGAGCCAGGCUUCGGUACCAAGUGCAUGAGGGAUGCCCUGGAGGGGAGUGCACCUUGCCCACCGGUGUCCCACGAACGAGGCUUCUGGACCCCCGAAGUGCCCAGGUCCCUGGCCGAGGUCUUCCAGAACACGAACUGGACGCCAGCCAACCCCUCCCCAGCCUGUGAGUGCAGCUCCCGGGGGGCACGGAAGAUGCUGCCCGACUGCCCCGAAGCAGCAGGAGGACUUCCUCCUCCACAGGUGCAAAGGGGCACCGGCGACAUCCUCCAGAACCUCACGGGCAGGAACAUCUCUGAUUACCUGGUGAAAACCUACCCCAAGAUCAUCCGCCAGGGGUUGAGAACCAAGAAAUGGGUCAACGAGCAGAGGUAUGGCGGCAUCUCGCUGGGCGCCCAUAGCUCUCAGGCCCUGCCCUCAGCAGAGGAGGUGGAUGGUGCUGUGCGGGAGAUCCGGGCCAUGCUGAACAUCACCAAGGGGAGCCCCAUAGACAGGCUGCUGGGAAACCUGAGCAGCUUCAUCAAAGGCCUGGACACCCGCAAUAACGUCAAGGUCUGGUUCAACAACAAGGGCUGGCAUGCCAUGGUGUCCUUCGUCAACGUGGUGAACAACGGGCUGCUGCGGGCCAGCCUGCCACCGGGCGCGGAGCCCUGGCGCUACGGCAUCACGGCCAUCAACCACCCCCUGAACCUCACCAAGGAACAGCUCUCGGAGGCUGCGCUGAUGGCCACCUCGGUGGACGUGUUAGUCUCCAUCUGCGUGAUGUUCGCCAUGUCCUUCGUCCCCGCCAGCUUCAUCCUCUUCCUCAUCGAGGAGCGGGUCAGCAAGGCCAAGCACCUGCAGUUCGUCAGCGGCAUGAAGCCCAGCGUCUACUGGCUGGGCAACUUCACCUGGGACAUGUGUAACUACCUGGUCCCAGCAGGGCUGGUAGUCCUCAUCUUCCUCUGCUUCCAGCAGAAGUCCUACGUGUCGUCGGCCAACCUGCCCUCCCUGGUGCUGCUGCUGUUCCUUUAUGGCUGGUCCAUCACGCCGCUGAUGUACCCGGCCUCCUUCCUCUUCAGCGUCCCCAGCACGGCCUAUGUGGUGCUGACCUGCGUCAACCUCUUUAUCGGCAUCAACAGCAGCGUGGCCACCUUCGUGCUGGAGCUCUUCACCGACCAGAAGCUGAACCACGUCAACCGCAUCCUGAAGAAGGUUUUCCUCAUCUUCCCGCACUUCUGCCUGGGCCGGGGCCUCAUCGACAUGGUGAAGAACCAGGCCAUGGCUGACGCUUUUGAGCGGUUUGGAGACAAGCGUUUCGUGUCUCCGCUGUGCUGGGACCUGGCCGGGAAGAACAUGUUCGCCAUGGCUCUCCAGGGCGUCGUCUUCUUCCUCUUCACCAUCCUGCUGCAGUACAGGUUCUUCGUCAAGCUCCGGCCCUUUGCCGUUAAACUUCCCCCUCUGGGCGGGGAGGACGAGGACGUGGCUAGGGAGCGGGAGAAGAUCACAAGCGGAGCUCGGCAGGGAGACAUCCUGGUGCUGCAUGACCUGACCAAGGUGUACCGGGCGAAGAAGAAGCUAGCUGUGGACCGCCUGUGUGUGGGAAUCCCCCCGGGGGAGUGUUUCGGUCUCCUGGGCGUGAACGGCGCUGGGAAGACGUCCACUUUCAAAAUGCUAACGGGGGACACCGAGGUGACCCUAGGAUAUGCCUGUCUGAAAGGGCACAGCAUGCUCAGCGACUUGCAGUUGGUCCAUCAGAACAUGGGCUACUGCCCCCAGUUCGACGCCAUUAACGACCUGCUGACGGGACGGGAGCACCUAGAGUUCUACUGUCGCCUGCGUGGUGUCCCCGAGGAGGAGACGCCCAGGGUGGCUCAGUGGGGAGUCUCCACGCUGGGCCUGGCACAGUAUGCCGACAGACCCGCCAGGGGAUACAGCGGAGGAAACAAACGCAAGCUCUCCACGGCCAUCGCCCUCCUUGGUGCCCCACCGGUCAUCUUCCUGGACGAGCCGACCACGGGGAUGGACCCACGAGCCAGGCGGUUCCUGUGGAACUGUAUCCUCAGCGUGAUCAAAGAGGGCAGGUCCGUGGUGCUCACCUCCCACAGCAUGGAGGAGUGUGAAGCCCUGUGCACCCGCAUGGCCAUCAUGGUGAACGGCCGGUUCCGCUGCCUGGGGAGCGUGCAGCACCUGAAGAACAGGUUCGGCGACGGCUACACAAUCACCCUGCGGGUGUCGGGCCCCAGCCCGGACCUGCGGUCCGUGGAGACAUUCAUCCAGGACUCCUUCCCCGGCAUCGUCCUCAAAGAGAGACAUCACUGCAUGCUGCAGUACCAGCUUCCCUCUCGAAGCUGUUCCUUGGCCAAGAUCUUCAGCAUCUUGUCUGCUCACAGGGGCACCUACCGCAUCGAGGACUAUUCCGUGUCCCAAACCACACUGGACCAGGUAUUUGUUCAUUUCGCCAGGGACCAAAGCGACGAUGAGCCCCUGCCGGACUUGGCGCCUCCAUUUGAGCUCGAGCCCCCUGGCCCCUGGAAGAGGAUCACCCACUUCCUGGAGGACGACAGCUACCAGGAGAGUGCUGUCUGAGACCCUACCCCACCCAGGAGUGCAGCCAAAAUAUGUGGGGGGGGCUUCCCUCAAAGCACCAGGGCUCCUCCUGCUUAGAGCAAGGAGGGGUGGAGGGAAAGCCCCACCUACCCCUAAACCUGAAUCAAUAAAACACCCAUUGCUCGUAGGGGGCAGAGGCCCCCAGCUGAUGGACCUUGCCCCACGUCCAUGGCUGUCUCCCCAGGGGAGCAACACAGAGCUCCUUAAACCUGAAUCAACAGCGCAGAGGGGGUAGGGCCUGACUCCAUCGUGCCCUUCGGGAGCAGCUCCUGCCAAGCCCCCACCCUAAGGUGCAGGAAGCUUUCCUGUGAGUCACCCCCCCCCCCCCCCGCCAAUCCAGGGAGCAGGAGGUGGGGGGCCUGGGCCUUGUUAUGCCUUAACUGGCAACAAGAAGGUGGGAUCUGGCUCCCAGGGCUCCAACACCCACCUCUGCCCGGAGUUUGAAUCCCAGGCUGGGCCCAUCAGGCUCUCCUGCUCGGGCACCUGUGGCCUGCAGCUCUCACUUGGUGUCUGUACUGGGCCCUGCCCCAGUUCUGAGUGGGCCAGGGUGGGAUUUCACCCCUUGCCCUGCCCACCCCUGUGCACUUCCCCCCCAGGGGAGGGCCUAGGGGCCUCUCUCAGAGACAUACCCCCAUUAAACCCAGCCGCUUGGGCGCACAAAGGGGGGCUUGGCUGGACCCUGUAGGGUCCUUGGUCACCCCGCCCCCUGCCCUUCACUACAUUCUGCUAUGAGCUGCUGUUUCAACAGACUGUAGGGCUGCCCCCCACCUUCAGUGACUGCAAGGCCCUCGCCAGCAGUGUGAUCUCAGGGAUCCCCUCUCUUCCUGGGGAGGGUGCUCCAUUUUCCCUCCAUUCGCUAUGCUGCAGCUACCAUCCCUCCUCCCACGGGGCCUUGGCUGGGAGCCCGUCAGUCAUCUGCCUAGGCCGUGAGCCCCUCCUUUCUGCCUUGCCCCUUAGCAUGCUGCCUCCACUGGGGCCUCCCGUGGGAACACCCCCCAUCCCCUUGUGUUAAUCCUUCCUCGGACCAAGUCAUGAGGCCCCUAGAUGCUAUGCCCCUGCCCGGACCCUGAGGUGUCUCUAGGCAGGGAGGUCUGCAAGCCCUGAGGCUCCCCAGCUCCCUCCCCAGCUGCCCUCGCUCUGCCAGUCUUCCCCUCCUCCCCCUUUGGCGGAGGGAAGAGCUCCUCUCCGAGGCCGCCUGCUUUUCUGGCCAUCUGUCCGGUCACUAAGGAUGCACUGACUCCCCUCCCCGAGGACGAUGGAGCAUGCGCCCCUCGCCCCGGGUGCUGUCCUAGCACAGACUCUGCCCACUCUCCCCACCAGCCCUGCCCACCAUCUGAGUAUUGUAUUAUCCCCUUUUAAAAUGGCCCAUGGCCGGGAACAUGUUGCCGUGGCAGUGGCCGUUCCAAUGGUCCAAGAAGUGGGCAGUGGCCGCUGACCACGUACUGUGGCGUUUGUGCCCCGGGCAUUAGGCUGGGCUGGGGCAUCGCUGCGCCUCAGCCGACUGUUACAAACACCUGGGCCGACGCCUCUCCAUGCAAUGCUGGCCCCAAAGAGGUGUGACCCUCUGCCCAUGCACUCCUGAGGGCACUGGGGCUGGGCUCUCUCACGUAGCUGGUCCGUUUUCUGGUAUUUAUAGAGCAGAGUCUGUGGAUAUUUGCGUGAAAUACGAAGCGAAUUAAAUAUACGCACACAGUAACUCCCAGCUUGUGGGUGGAAUGAUUCUA